ACCUUGAAGUUUGGUAGGUAGUGAGCACGCUGAAGCAGAAGAUGGGAGGAAGAUACUCAAGCCCACUAGGUAGGAAGCAGCGCAGGUAUCUGAGAGGUUGCACAGCUGCCAUGAUGAAGAACUUUUUACCCUAUUACGAGAGGCAGCUUGCAACCGCCUUUCUGCGACAGGUCUCAGGGGAACUGGACCUGCAAGGCAAACUUGCCCUGCAGCUACUACAGAGCAAGACCCAGAGAGCACCUCGUGCUACUUUAUGUGAUGGAUUGCUCUCUCAGUAUGAUGAAGAUUCCCAAAGGUGGAAAGAGAAUUACUUUGUUAUUCUUGGAGAUUUAACCCUGGAAUGGUUUGAAAGCAAAGAGGCCCUGGGGAAAGGCUGUGAGCCUAGAGGCUCAACUGCUUUGUCUGGCUACCUGUUGUUGACUUCGCAAAGUGAAUACACCAAACUGGUCAGCAGUCUGUGCCAAGGGUUUGCAGGUGGCUCUUCCCAGCAGGGCUGUAAUGCCUUAGCUGAUCCUCCAGGAGAGUUUUUGUUUUUCCUCUACCAUCCAUUCCGGAGGCACUUUUGUUUUUGCACAAACUCUGCAGAAUCCCAGAGGAUCUGGAAAUCUGCUCUUCAAGAUGGGAUUCGGUAUCACAGUACAGAAUUACAGAGGAGAGAUUCUUUUGAAGCUGAGGCCUUUCUGGAGGCUGUACGAUUUUACAGACAAGAGAGAGGUAGCUACAGGGCAGGGGAUCUCCUCCUGGGAGUGGAAGCUGAGAUUCUUGGUAAUGUGCUAAUGGAAGAUUUGCUGCCAGUGCUGCGGUCUCAAGUGCUCCCAAAUAUCAGAGGGUCAGAAACUCGGAGAAAGCAGCUGUGGCUCCAGUUUCUGCAGGAGGCUUACACACUGAUCCUCAGUCAAGUCUCCAGUGAAUUCAAAGUUUUUCAGAGGGACCAAGAAAAACUACAAAUUCAGUUGGAGAAGAAAAUUCGCCCAGACCUGGAUCAGAUGCUGACUUUAAAGGAUCAGAUAGCCAGAAAACUCCAAGCCAUGGUGCAAAGCGCGGCAGAAUCAUGCUGUUGCCAGAGAGUGGAGCCUGACCUGGACUUUGUGAUGGAGGAACUCAUGCGUCCGAUCAGCUCAGGAGCAGAGAUGGUACGCUCGCUCUUUGCUGAGAGAGUUGAUGAGAUGGUCCGAACUGUACGGAACUCUCCUAUCGCAGUCUUACAAAAAGAGCUUCUAACACUUGGGAGAACAUCUUGGAUGCCUGAAAUCAUGCAACCGUGUUAUGAGAAGGCUGACGUUUAUAAAGAAAGCCUGCAGAGACUUGAGAGGUUUGGCUUUCACAGCAUGACAAGCUUGGUCCUCGGAGCUCAGAACCUCAUGCAGCAACUAAUGCAGAAUUCCAUCUAUACCUUCCAGCAGCUUUCGGAGCAACGCCUCAGCCAGGCAACUAACUGUAACCAAGUUGUCCAAAUACUGGAAAACGUCAAAGAUCGUGUGCUAAAGAAAUUUGACUAUGACAGCAGUUCCACCCGGAAGCAGUUUGCUCAGGAGUGGCUGGUUCAAAUUUUUCUUCCUUUUCUGCUGAAGCAUUUGGAGUCCAGGUGUAAACUGGAGCUGCCAAAAUAUGAAAGUUACGUGUUUGCUGAUUGCAGUGGCAUCAUAAGCGUGGAAAAUAUUUAUGAAGAAAUGGUUCUGUCUGUAUUGCUGAAAGCCAUUAGCAAAGCCCUGAAAGAGGCCUCAGGUCGUAACAAGCACAGUCUUUACCGUGACAGUUUCUUCUGCGUUCUGGAAAGCGUGGACAACCCGCUCCCUGAAGCGACAGCCCACGCGCUCUCUGAAAUAAGAAUGGGAGCACUGAGUAGCAGUAGUGCAUUGGACACUGUAAACCCUCCCACCUGCCAAGUCAAUAAAUCAGCCUCGGGUGAGAAAAUAUGGUAAGGUACAGGCGCAGCUGAGGUUGCAAGUCCCUCCAGAUAGGAAGAGGACCUAUGUCGGUAUGGAGGAGCAGAAGUACAUUUAAGGUAUGGCCUAAACACAGAAACUGAAGGCGGCAGAAGAGAACAUCCGUGUCGCAGGACUGCGGGGCCAAAACAAGCACGACGCGUGAAGCAUGCCCUUGCUACGGAUGCAAAGCUCCUGCGAUCUGGACAC